ACAGAAUGAUCAUUAUAUCAAACUACAAAGCUCAACAAACAUGUUUUCUUCUAUUCCAGCCAUUCUCAUUGUUGUUUCAUCAUCCAGCCUCUAUGAAUGUCUUGAUACACUUGAUCGUCUAUGUGGAGCUCUGCUGAAAAACAAAGUUUUACAUUUGCAUACAGCACCAUCUUUUUGUUAGCAUUUGUUGGUUGUGUUUAUCAUUAUGCUCAAAUUAGUAAAAGCUAACAGAAGGAAAUAAGACAUGUACUUGCUGUGGGAAAUGAGCUGAUUAAGUAAUAUCGUCAUCCCGUUAUUAUAUCACAGGCUGAUAGAUCACGUGACUUCGCAGGAAGCAGUGCGCAGUCCGUGUUUCUCCAGACACAGUAUAAUGGCAGAAGUUGAUAUUUCAGUGGAUCAGAACCAGUUCAUGUGUCCGGUGUGUCUGGACCUCCUGCAGGAUCCAGUGACGAUUCCCUGUGGACACAGUUACUGCAUGAGCUGCAUCACAGACUGCUGGAAUCAGGAGGAGCAGAAGCGAAUCUACAGCUGUCCUUUAUGCAAACAGAGCUUCACUCCGAGACCUGCUUUGGCUAAGAAUGUGGUGUUUGCUGAAAUGCUGGAGAAACUGCAGAAGAGCAGACUCCAGACGGCUGCUCCUGCUUCUGUUCACACUGGAUCUGGAGAUGUGGAGUGCGACGCCUGCACUGGAAAUAAGCAGAAAGCUGUGAAGUCCUGUCAGGAGUGUAGAAACUCUUAUUGUCCAGAUCACCUCCAACAGCACGAGAGUCUCUUCAGAGGUCGAGGACACAAUCUGAUGGAGGCCACUGGACGACUGCAGGAGAUGAUCUGCCCUCAGCAUAAUAAAGUGAUGGAGAUUUACUGCCGCACCGACCAGCGCUGCAUCUGUGUGCUGUGUUUGGUGGAUGAACACAAACAUCAUGACACUGUGACAAUCGCAGCAGAAAGGAGAGAGAAACAGGAACAUUUGGAGGAGAACCAGAGAAACUUACUAAUAAUAAUCCAGAAGCGAGAGGAAGAUCUUCUUAAGCUGAGAGACGCUGUUGACAUUCAUAAGCGCUCAGCACAGUCGGCAGUGGAGGACAGUGAGAGGAUCUUCACUGAACUCAUCCAGGAUAUUGAGAAACGUCGCUCUGAGGUGAAUCAGCUGAUCAGAGAUCAGGAAAGAGCUGCUGUGAGUCGAGCUGAAGAACAACUGGAGCGACUGAAGCUGGAGAUCAAUGAUCUGAAGAGGAGAAACACUGAGCUGAAGCAGCUUUCAGAAACACAGGAUCAUCUUCACUUCCUCCAGAGUUUCCCGUCUGUUUCUCUCUCUGGAUCUUCAGAUUCAGGCUUCACUGUCAGUUCUCAUCUGUGUUUUGAUGAUGUGGUGAAAUCAGUCUCUCUGUUCAGAGACAAACUGCUGCAGUUCUCCUCAAAUAUGAUAGAAGAGAUGUCUAAAGCAGAUCAGAUGGAAGAGAUAUCUGGAAUAGUGAAAAAGGUUCAGGUCACUCAGACUCCUGAAGAUCAGACCAGUGAGGAGUUUCAACAACAUCCUCUUCCAGUAUUAGAGGAGUCUUCUCAGGGCCCAAGGAGCCAAAUUCCUUGUUUUGGCUUUGGAUCCGCCAGUACUGGAAACCCAUCGGGCUUUGGAUCUGCCAGUAUUGCAAACUCAUCUAUCUUUGGAUCCGCCAGUACUGGAAACCCAUCGGGCUUUGGAUCUGCCAGUACUGGAAACUCAUCGGGCUUUGGCUCCGCCAGUAUUGGAAACUCAUCUAUCUUUGGAUCUGCCAGUACUGGAAACUCAUCGGGCUUUGGAUCCGCCAGUAUUGGAAACUCAUCUAUCUUUGGAUCCGCCAGUACUGGAAACUCAUCGGGCUUUGGAUCCGCCAGUAUUGGAAACUCAUCUAUCUUUGGAUCCGCCAGUACUGGAAACUCAUCGGGCUUUGGAUCCGCCAGUAUUGGAAACUCAUCUAUCUUUGGAUCCGCCAGUACUGGAAACCCAUCGGGCUUUGGAUCCGCCAGUAUUGGAAACUCAUCUAUCUUUGGAUCCGGCAGUACUGGAAACCCAUCGGGCUUUGGAUCCACCAGUAUUGGAAACUCAUCUAUCUUUGGAUCCGGCAGUACUGGAAACCCAUCGGGCUUUGGAUCCACCAGUAUUGGAAACUCAUCUAUCUUUGGAUCCGCCAGUACUGGAAACCCAUCGGGCUUUGGAUCCACCAGUAUUGGAAACUCAUCUAUCUUUGGAUCCGGCAGUACUGGAAACCCAUCGGGCUUUGGAUCCACCAGUAUUGGAAACUCAUCUAUCUUUGGAUCCGCCAGUACUGGAAACCCAUCGGGCUUUGGAUUUACCAGCCAUCACCACUAAAAGUUUGUGCAAGGAAGCCCAAACUCUCUCCCCACACCCCUGUAAGCCCAUUUAGCUUUGGAUCCUCUAGCACUGGAAAACCAUUUGGCUCUGGAUCCCCUCAUCUUCUCUAAUUUUGGCGUCCAAAAGGAAGGGAGUCCAUUGCCUAAAUGAAUAUUAGUGUUAAUUUUACUUUUAAGUGUCCAUGUGAAUAUUUACAUAUACAUUUGUAUUAAUAUAAAAAGCUUUUGAAAUUAUUGUUUUUUAGCUGUUUUUUAAUCUACUUUAUGAAAACCAGUUGCCUGAUUUUUAAUGAUAUAAUAAUAUUGAAGUUGUCUUGAUAACCAUUUAAUGCAUCAGAAGUUUUCCUUUGGUUGUUUAUUUUAAAAGGUGCAGUCUUUGACCUGAUCUAAUUUCAUGUCAGCUGUGACGUAACUAGUCUUUCAGUGUGCUUGCCUCAUCAAGCGGCUAAUGAUGGUGCCUUCCUCGCUUCUGUGUUUGAACAAUGAACAUGCUCACAGGUGACCUUACACAAAAUACCAGAUGCAGAAGAGGCAACAGCAAACAAUUAGCUUAACAUAUGAAGAGAAUCUCCUGUAAAGUGUGGGUAAAAGCUUGUUUGUGUGUGCAAAUUAUUUUUCAUCUUGACUCCUUUUAAAACCUUGAGCAACACAAAGCUGGACCACUUUGAUGAUGGACUUUGGCUGAGGGAUUUUAUGACCGGCGAAUACUAGAAUAUCCAUCAUUGCCAUCUCACUGCUACCAUUUUUAUCAUCACAUGAUCUGUUUAAACAAAACCACGUUACUUUUCUGAUGAGCAAGCUGGAAUUUAUUACAUAGAUGACAUUACAUUUGUUCUUAUUGAAUUAAAAUGUUUAUUCCACCAUGUUUAUAAGCAUGUCUACAUUCUACUUUAAUACUAGAGGUCAAUGUCAGUCAUGGAUGAAGGAUAACACAAAUAUUACUGCUCUAUGAUGAUUUGAAGUGUUCAUUUGACCCACACUUGUACGUCACUUUGGAUAAAAGCGUCUGCGAAGUGAAUCAAUGUAAAUAAUAAUCAUUUGUCAGGCUUCAUAUCUUAAUGUACUUUCAAUUAGUCUUUCAUUGUGUUAUGUUGUUAAAGAAAUGACUGUGAUGUACA